GUAGACCCUCUGAAUUCUCCCACACUCUAUAUAACUUCCUCUAAACUUGCCAAAUUCCAAAAGAGAAAAAACAAAAUGUCUGCUAAAUCAUCCGAUCCAAGGAAGAAAAUUCUGGUGGCCUCCGACGAUGAGAGCAGUGACUACGAAGAUGACUCUGAGCCCGAAACCGAUCUCGGGCUCGGCCUGUCCCUGGACAAACUCAGCCUCGGCCCGCAAAAGAAGCUCCUCAUCCUCUGCCUAGGCGGCCUCCUUGUUAGCAGAGUUCACCUCAAGGAUAAGGCCUCUGUUCGAGGCCUUCGCCCCGAUGUUGUUUAUGGCAAAUUUCUCGUUUUUAAGAGGCCAUUUUGCACUGAUUUUCUCAAGUUCUGCUUUGAACGCUUUGAGGUUGCGCUGUGGUCUUCUGCAAGAGAGCAUAACAUAGAAGGUGUCUUGACCAAUAUUACUGGUGGGAGUGCUAACCGAAACAAGUUGCUAUUCGUUUGGGCACAAGAAGAGUGCAAAGAGUCUGGAUUUUACUGCCUCAACAAAGGGGAGAAGCCACUGUUUCUGAAAGAAUUGAAAGAUGUGUGGGGAAGUAGAAUCUGCAAAGGGAAAUACUCUGCUUCAAACACUCUGUUGAUUGAUGAUGAACCUCAUGUAUCCCUUCUCAAUCCGCCCAACACGGCCAUAUUCCCGCAGCCGUACAAGAAGCACGACAGGGCUGAUGCAUAUUUGGGUCCGAAUGGCGAGCUGCGGAAAUAUCUUGACGCUGUUGCAGAUGCAGCUGAUGUUACUGCGUACGUCAAGGAUCAUCCGUUGGGACAGCGGGCGAUAACGCCGUCCCACCCCAACUGGGACUUCUACAGCAAGGUUGUUCGCCGCCACGGCAAGGUUGUUGAAGAUUCUGUUGCGGAAUCUUCUGCUAAGUGAAAUGCUUGGAUGUGAUGGAUGCCUAUGUUUAUAAUAAAAUUGCUUUUGAACUAAAAAUGUAUGGCAGUAUGAAGAAUCCUUUUCAUGUUGAUGAGUAUUUGCUUUAUAUAUCUAUGAAGUUAUGUUUC